AAAAAGAACUCCGAUCAAUAAAGUGUGUGUUUCAUCUUCUUUUUUUUGCAACAAAAAAAAACGAACUUGCAAAAAGAAAGAUAUUUUUUAAUAAACUAAUAAAAAGCAAACAAAUAGAGAAUGGAUAUUUUAAGAAGUUAAGGAUAAUUUUUUUAAUUUCGAACAACGCAGUGUAAAACUACAAUUUUUGUUUUAAAAAUUGCAAUUAAAAAUUAAAAAUGGGAAUCGGAAUAAUUUUCAUCGUCUCAUUAAUUUGCCAUUCAUUGGCAAAGGAAGUGAUUUUAAAUUUAAACGAUAAACGACCAAUUUUCACGACUAGUGAGAAAUUUCUUAGUUUUACAUUGGAUCCAAUGUCGAUAUUUUCUGAUGAUUUGAAAUCGAAUUUUUUAAGCUCAAAUUUGGAAAAAUGUAUUAACAUAGCAAAAGCAUUUUCGCCUGCUUAUGUUCGUUUCGCUGGACCAGAAUGUAAUUCUUUUCAUUUUGAGAACAAAGAAUUUCCUCAAGACAGUAAAAACAUUACCAAACAUAAUUUUACUGAGAAUAUUCUCAAUUUGAUAAAUCAAUGGGCGAAAAAAUCGGGUUUGAAUUUAAUCACCUGCAUUGGACAAGAAUUCAUUGAAAAUAGUGACGAUUCAUCACAACUGUGGAAUGCAAUUGCCUUCACCGAUCAAAUGGGUUACAAUACAAGUUGGCAACUUGGAUACGAAUUUCAAUCGAGAUGCAAUUUUCGUGGGGAAAAUUUAGGACAAGAGAUUAAACAUUUACGAAGGGUACUUAAUGCAUUUCCAAGAUAUUCAACGAGUCUCAUUGUUGGACCGGAUGUGACUGAAUUUAAAACAGAGAAUCAAGAAGAAUUUUUACUCGAUUAUUUUCAUUCAGCUGGGUCUGCACUUUCCUUAGUAACUUGGCACCCGAAUUUCAAUGAAGUGUCUCUAAAUAACAACGAAGUAGUAAUUCGUGAAGAAAACUUAUCAACAGAAAAGGAGAAUUUAGAAAAAACAUUCGGACAAUCAAUAUUGGAAAAGCCUCUCUGGAUAGCCGAAUCAAAAGAUGAGAAAUGCAAGAAUCAAUUUAUCGGCGCGCUUGUCUGGACUAGAAGACUUGGAAAUGCAGCGAAAGUUGGUGCACAAGUUUUGAUGAGGCAGCCUGACAAUUCAAAUUUAUUCAAACCCAGUCCGGACUUUUGGGUUUCUCUGCUCCAUAAAACUUUGGUUGGUCCGGAGGUAUUUAAUUUGAAUAUUCAAUCGGGAAAUGAGACUCGUAUCAAUUUCUUCUGUCAGUGUACAAAACGUUCUUCAAAAUACAAAAGAGGAUCGCUCACUAUUUUUGGAAUAAAUUUUACACCUAAUAAAAUUGUGGCAAACUUGAAAGGACUCAAAAUUAAAGAGACGGAUGAUUAUAUUCUUUUGCCAGGUUUCGACAGUUCGAACCAAAUGUUUGCUGAAACUGUUCUUUUGAACAACAAGCCCUUGGCAUUGAAGAACGAAAACGAAAUACCAGACAUCGAGCCAAUUAAGAGAAGAAAUGAAAAAGGUGUCCCAUUAAUUCUCCCAUCUGGAGGAAUUGGUUUUUGGGUGAUUCCAAAUUUAAAGCUGAAGGCAUGCAGAAAAAACGUCAACAAGCAGAAGGUGAAAACAUUGACUCGUCUUCUUCAAAGUGACGAAAAAAAAGAUUUGGCUACUGAAGAACUAAAUGAUUUAUCAUCAGAACUAAAGAAAUUUUUCCUGAAGGACAAUAAGGGACAAACGGAUUUUUCAAUUUCCGAAGAGAAGCAAAUUAAUCAAGAAAAGGAAACAAAACGAUUAAGAAGAAAUGCUGAAAAUAUGAAUAAUCUCCUAAAUCGAGAAAUGUUCCUUCAAGCUGAAAAUAAUCAACAAUAUCGAACAAUCAGAAGAGCAAAAAAUUCGGCAAUGAAACAAGAAUUAGAAGUCGAUCCCGAACGAGCUGUUAUCAUCGGUUCAGAUGAAGAUAUUUCAUCAGAGGAAGAAAUUCCCAUUGAAGAUGGUUCCGGAGCACAUGGAAUAGUGCCAACACCAGAAACAACUCAAUUUAUAAAAGUCAAAAGAGAAUUUAAAAAUACAGAAAACAAUCCUCGUGUAUAUUCAAAAACAACAGAAAGAUCUCCAGUUGGACCAAGACCCGAAUUCAUCAAUGAACCAAAAUCGUCUACGGAAAAAAUGAUAACCACUCGUGACACAAAGAAAUUUUCACCAAAUGCAAAACAAUUCCAAAAUUUCUCUUCUACUUCGACACCUUCACGUAAACGAGUUCGAAAUGUUUUCGCCACCAUGGGACUAGAGCCAAAACUCAAUAUCAAAAACCAAAAUCCAAUACCAGCUCUAAAAUUACCACAAAUAAUUCCUCCGCCGAUGAUCACAAAUGCCGAUCAACUAAAACAAAGAGUUGCCGAAGCUCGACUAAAAUUACGCUCAAUUUUUCAAGAUCUGACAAAUCCGUUAAAAUUACUUCGACCAUUUCCUGUUAAAAGAGAAAUUUCUGGUCAGUCACCUUUGGAAAAAUUUAAAAUAUUCCAAAAGUCUCAAGAAACUAGGAAUGCUGAAAUCAUUCAAAACUUUGGGCAAGUUGUUGAAAAUCUAAAAAAACUACAAGCAUCAAGGACUCCCAAGAAUAUGGCAAACAAUGCGAAACUCAAGGAAUUUGUUGCCAGAGGCGAAGAGCAAUUGAAUAAACUAAGAAACAAUUUACGCGCAAGACAUGACGAAUUCGUCGAGAAUUACAAAUCAAAAUCAAUGAAUUUCUUCAAAAAACCAAACAAUGAGAAGCAGUACGAUUUCACAAGUGUUAAGGAUUUCAUGAACAGAAUAAACACAGCGAAGAUUUCGAAUAUUUUCUCCAAUUUGCCCCAGAAACCAAAGAGGGAAAUAAUAUUACCAAAAUUGUUGAAUCUAAUAAAACUUGAAAGAAUACAGAGAAUACCCGGUAACGAAGCUGGAGAAAUAGUUUCAAAAUUACUAAAUUUGGCAAAAGGAAAUAUCGAUGACGAAGAUUCAUCUGAAGAGGAAGAGGAGGCAUCAAAUGAAGAAGUCGAAUUUUUGCGAACUUUGUCAAAAUUAUUCUUGAAUCAUAUAAAAAAUUAUCCUUUACUACUUCUUGGUAGUGAUGAUCCUUCGGAAUUGUAUCCAACCGUUAGGGAAUCGGCAAAUAUUCUGGACGAAGAGGCAGACUACGACGAAGGGAACUGCAACGACGAUGUUUCAUCCGAAGAAGAUGAAAAUUGGCAAUACAAGGACAAUAAGAAUAAAUAUAGACGAUUUUCCAGAUCAGCCUACAAACUCAAUGAAAUCAACAAAAGUCCAAUAAACGAAGAAAAAUAUUCCCGUAAACGAAGAGACGCAGAAGAAGAAAGCAGUAGUACCACGAAUUCAAAAUCUUCAAAAAGUGAAAAAAGAAGAAAGUCCAAGAAAAAGAAGAACAAAGAUAAAUCUCCCGAAUAUGAUUCAUUUUACAAUCCAGAUUGUGCCGACUGUUCGAAGAAUCAAAACUACUGGAAUUAUCCUACUACAUUUUUUAAUUAUCCCCCACACGGAAUUUCUCAGCAUCCUGACGAAUUACCAACUAAUUACAAUUUUCACUACGAUCAUCAAAAUCCAAUUUCGUACUAUUCCACAUUACCGUUAUAUCCACAUCGUCGUCGUCGUCGACAACUCGACUCUAAUAUUAUAAAAACAGACAAAACAAAUGAAAAAAUUACCAUUCCGAUAGAAAAAGUAGUUAACAAACAAACAAAUGAAGAAAAUGCAGAUUUCGAUUUUCUGACAAAAGUGGAAAACUGUUUGGAAUCAACUGUAAAUUGUCCCAAUGAUUUAACUACAGAAACAAUGAAUGAAAAUAAUAAGUUUGUUAUGGAAAGAAUAGAUGAUUUUACAACAGAAAAAAUAAUUGACAAUAAUUUUGCUACCGAAAAUCCUCAAAUUCAUAGUGAGAAAAAUGAAAACUUGUUAUCUGUGGAAAAUAAUGCUGCUACAACUGAUAGUGCAAUCCAGAAUAAUUUAGAAUCACUGAUGAGUAUUGAGAAAAUUUAUGAUAAAUCUUUACCAUCAACGACGGAACAUCGAAUAUAUAGUCGUAAAAUGUUGUCGGAUAAUGAAAAAAAUGUUGAUACCACACUUUUUCAAGAUGUGACUAAAACAAUUGAAAAUAUUUUUACCUAUUUUUCUAAUAUCACAGAAUCAGAAUAACUUUAAUGAUUGUGGUAUAAGUAAUUUUUUUCCGUUCCCAAACCAUUUUCCUAAUUGAGUAUUCCUAAAAUAUCUAUUCCGGGAAAUUAAUUUUUAGGAAAUUAUAAAAUUAGGAAUCUAAAAUUAGGAAAAUCGGUAGGGAACCAAUUUUUUCAUCUAUUGCAAUAUUGAAAUUGGAAAUAAUUCCAAUCGUACGAAACAAUAUUCCGGAAAUAUUUAUUAUUCGUUUAUUGUUUAUUGUAAUAAUUAUGUUUUAUUAUAAUAAUUAU